AUGUCCACAAUCAGCGUCCUUCUCAUCAUUCUGAUAUUGGUUAACAUGACUUUCUUUGGCAGUGCCUUGUCAUCCUCGUCCUCGUCAUCAAAGAAGAACAAGACCUACCGAUAUUUUGGAUAUGGUUCCAACGUCUUGGUUUCCACCAUGAAGGCUUUGCGCCAGAUUCAACCAUUGGAUGCUACCGCGGCAGUCUUGCCCGACUACGAAUUGCGAUUUGACGGGUCGGAAUCCUCAAGGCUGGUGGAACCCUCGGCGGCCUUUGUGAAUGCUGCAACAGGAAAACAGGUGCACGGCGUGUUGUAUACCUUGUCGGCGGAGGAUUUUGCCAAGGUGGGAAGGACCGAAGGAGUUCCCUUUGCGUACCGAUGGCAAAAAUGUCAAGUGUAUCCCUAUGUCGGCAAUGGCAAAGAGGCUGGAAAGGAGGCCAUGGAGAGUGCUAAUGAUGCUGCUGCAGCUAGUAGUAGUCAAAGAACAACAGACACCUAUGUCUUGAUAUCGCCCAAUUUGGGAGAACGAAACAUUCCACCUAGUUCCUCCUACCUAGGAUUGAUCAAAGAGGGUGCUGCCAAAUGGAAAUUCGAUCAGGCGUAUCAAGAGGAGUUGGCAAGCAUUGAGGAAGCCAAGAAUCUCAUUAUUCCACAAGGUCUGUCAGGAUUGUUACUCAAGGUGGCAGAAGCGGCGACUGGAACCAAGCGAGAAUAA